AUGGCACUAUCACGACUAAAAGAGCAGAUUGGGGUCCUGAGGGCAGGUCUAGGUGGGGUGGGAGCAGAGGCCAGGUCCCACCCGGGCUCUGGGGGGGGGGGGGGGGGGGGCAGUAUAAGAGCCCCUGUCCCUUCAGGCCACUUCCCUGAGCAGAGCUGGUGGAGGGGGAAAACACCUGUGGGACCCCAGACUCCUCAGCACAGCCCCCCGAAAACAAGCAAACGUCUGACGGCACCAAGUGCCGGAAGACAUGUCGAGCCGAGCGCCGACGUUCACACAGCCGCUACAGAGCGUCGUGGCACUAGAGGGAUCUCGUUCAGCGAAGGCCGCGCUGUUCUGAGCCUCAGCACCGUGAACGCCACGCACAGCGGACGCUACUCUGUCCGAGCCACCAAUGCCACAGGCCAGGCCACCUCCACUGCCGAGCUGCUGGUGACCGCUGAGACAGCGCCUCCGGUGUUUGUCCAGCGCCUCCAGAGCGCCACCGUGAGGACGGGCAGUGCGGUGCGCCUGGACGUCCGAGUUUCUGGGAUUCCCGCGCCGACAGUAAAGUUCUACAGAGAAGGAGCUGAGAUCCAGAGCUCCUCAGACUUCAAGAUAGUCCAGGACCAGGACUUGCACAGUCUGCUCCUGAGAGAGGCCUUUCCUGAGGACUCCGGCUCCUACUCAGCCACGGCCAGCAACACGACUGGCCGGGCCACCUGCACCGCCGAGCUGCUGGUGCAAGGCGAUGAAGCCAUUCCUGCAAAAAAGACAAAGACCGUGAUUACGACCGCAUCAAUCAGACAGACCAGAGUGGAGAAGAAGAUGGAGUCCUCGUUCCACAUGGAGGCAGUGAGUCUGACUCACAAAACUCCCCCAAGAGUUCCGCCCAAACCCACCUCCAAGUCUCCCCCCUCCGCUCCCUCCCCCGCCUUACUGGCCCCCCCCACGGGGAAGGGAGGGAGACAGCAGUCACCAUCACCGGUGAGGCACGUGAAAGCUCCUACCCCCACGCCUACCAGAGCGGCAGCAGGAGCUUCUGAUGUUCCCCCUCCCUGGAAGAAGACAGGACCCAUGACCGGGCAGCCCCAGCCCCAGCCUCAGCCUCAGCCUCAGCCUCCCAGACAGGUGGAGGAGGCUACACUUCCCACUGAUGAAGGAGUGGCUCCGCCCACAAUCAUCUUGGGCCUGGUGAACCAAACGGUUACCGAGGGCGAAGGCGUGUUGCUGCGUUGCCAGAUUGGUGGUACUCCUGCCCCGGUCGUCAUGUGGUUCAGGGAGGAUUUCAAGAUCCAGGACUCAGUCGACUUCCACAUGAGCUACGAGAACCAAGAGGCCCAGCUGGCCAUCAGAGAGGCCUUUGCAGAAGACAGCGGGCGAUUCACCUGCACAGCUACCAACCAGGCCGGGACCACUAGCACCUCCUGCUACCUCCUGGUGCAGGUGUCGGAGGAAAUGGAUACAAGAGAAGAAACUGAAGUAGAACCACAAACACAGACCAAUCUCACAGAACCAGAGGAACCAGAGGGUCCUCCAGAGGAACCCGUUGCAGAGAAGGACAUGACGAGCCCGGUCUUCAUCACCCGGCCGCAGGUGCAGCGGCUGGUGGAAGGGGGGAGUGUGGUGUUCACCGCGACCGUGCAAGGUCUGCCCCGGCCACAGGUCGAGUGGAAGAAGAACGGAGUGCUUAUCUCCACAGGAUACAGAUAUAAAGUCUCAUACAAACGAGAAACAGGCGAGUGCCGUCUGGAGAUUUCCAUGACCUUCGCCGAUGAUGCAGGAGAAUAUUCUCUGACCGUGAAGAACCAGAGAGGAGAAGUUACGGCCUCCACCAGCCUGCUGGAGGAAGAGGAAUAUGACGCUUACAUGAAGAAACAAGAAGAAGCAGCAAAACCAGUGACUCAACUAAGCCCCACCCCCGUCAGCAUGGAAGCGGCCGUCAUCACCGGACAGGAGUUCCAACUCUCCAUUAUGGAGAUCCGCUUCAUGCAGGAGGUUGAGGUGCGCCUCAUGACCUUCUCCUACAUUGAACUUGUGACCCAGGACGGGGAGCAGCCCGAGGCCCCAGGGGCCGGGGACCCAAGUCAACCCGCCUUUACCUCCACCAUCAAGAACUACCGCAUCAGAGCCGGCAUGGGAGCCACUUUCCACUGCCAGGCCCAAGGCAACCCCCGACCUAAGAUCACCUGGUACAGAGAUGGCCAGCGUCUGAGACCUUCGGAUCGGUACCAGAUGGAUGUUCUGGCCGAUGGCAGGGCGAGUCUCCGCCUCCCGGCCGUUACCCCUGACGACCAGGCCGUGUACUCCGCUCUGGCCUCCAACUCCUCCGGGAACGCUGUAUGCUCCGGGAAACUUUACAUCGAACUGGACUCACGGACCGGACCUAGCCAGACCGCCCUGCACAGGAUCAGCUCGGCCUCUCCCCGCGCCGUCAGCAUGUCCCCAGCCCGCUCCCCGUCCCGGUCGCCUUCGCGGUCGCCCGGACGGUCCCCAGCUCGCCGUUUGGAUGAGACUGACGAGGCGGCGCUGGAGCGACUCUACAAACCCGUGUUUGUGAUGAAGCCUGCCUCUGCGCGCUGCUCCGAGGGACAGACCGCCCGCUUCGACCUCAAGGUGGUGGGACGACCCAUGCCAGAGACCUACUGGUUCCACAACGGCCAGCAGGUGGUGAGUGACUACACACAUAAGAUUGUGGUGAAAGAAGACGGGACACAGUCGUUGAUCAUCGUCCCGGCGACGCCCCACGACUCGGGCGAAUGGACCGUGGUGGCACAGAACCGAGCAGGUCGCAACUCCCUCUCUGUCACCCUCACCGUGGAUGUGAAAGAGACCCUGGUGAGGCCACAGUUCACAGAAAAACUAAAGAACCUGAGUGUGAAGGAGGGAGCCGCAGUCCAGCUGUCGGCCCGAGCCACGGGGAACCCCCUCCCCGACAUUGUGUGGCUCAAGAACAGUGACAUCAUCACUGCACACAAGCACCCCAACAUCAGGGUGGAAGGCACCCGUGGUGAGGCUAAGUUCCAGAUCCCGUCGGCUGUGGGCACAGACAGUGCCUGGUACACUGCCACAGCCAUAAACAAAGCUGGUCGUGACACCACUCGUUGCAGAGUGAAUGUGGAGGUGGAGUAUGUGGAGCCUGAACCAGAGCGAAAACUCAUCAUCCCCAAAGGAACCUAUAAGAUCAAAGAUAUCGCUCCCCCGGAGGCGGAGCCUCUGCACCUGCGCUACGGCCAGGACCAAUGGGAAGAGGGCGAUCUGUACGACAAAGAGAAGCAGCAGAAGCCUCAGUUCAAGAAGAAGCUGACCUCUGUGCGCAUGAAGAAGGCUGGACCAGCUCAUUUCGAGUGUCGCCUCACCCCCAUCGGAGACCCCACCAUGACGGUGGAGUGGCUGCAUGACGGCAAGCCCCUUGCCGCCGCCAACCGUAUGAGGAUGGUCAACGAGUUUGGAUACAGCAGCCUGGACUACGAGGUGGCGUAUGCCAGAGACAGUGGAGUCAUCUCCUGCAGAGCCUCUAACAAGUUUGGUUCAGACCAAACUUCAGCCACUCUGAUCGUGAAGGAUGAGAAGGGUUUGGUGACGGAGUCGCAGCUGCCAGAGGGGCGGAAAGCUGCCCGUAUGGAGGAGAUGGAAAGAAUGGCCCAUGAGGGAGGCCCCUAUGGUGUGACCGCUGAGGAGACCACAGAGAGGACCAAGCCGGAGGUGGUCCUCCUGCCUGAGGACGUGGACGUGAUGGAGGGAGAGACAGCCCGAUUCAGUUGCCGGGUGACUGGGUUCCCAGCUCCUAAAGUGAACUGGUACCUGAACGGUCAGCUGAUCCGGAAGAGCAAACGCUACAGACUCAAGUACGACGGAAUUUAUUAUUUAGAGAUCAUCGAAGUGAAGCCUUACGACGCUGGAGAGGUCAAGGUGGUAGCAGACAAUAACAUGGGCACAGUGGAGCAUGUGGUGAAGCUGCAGAUCCAUCACAAAGAGGACUUCAGAGGACAUCUGAAACGCGCCGAGGGCAAAGCCGAAGCCGCGGCCGCAGAACCGGGCCGAGUGCCGUUCGAUGUGGUUAAGUCCGACAUCCCCGGGGAGGAGGGUCUGAAAGAGGUGGUGAUGCUGAGGAAAGCACAGAGGAUCGUCCGCGAGAAGGAGGUGGAAGAGACCGAGGAGCUGAGGAGCAAGUUCAAACGCAGGACUGAAGAGGGCUACUACGAAUCCAUCAGUGGUGUUGAGCUGAAGAGCCGUAAGAGGGACGAUAGUUAUGAAGACCUGCUGAAGAAGACCAAGGAGGAGCUGAUGCACCGCAAAAACGAGAAGGAGGAGGCUGAGAGGAAGGAGGCAGAACGUCAGAAGCUGAAGGCCAAAGCGGCGAAGCCGGAGCGGAUAAAGCUGUCCGCCAGUAUGGAGGCCCCUAAGAUCGUGGAGAGGAUCAGCAGUCAGACAGUGCCCCAGGGACAGGAGGUCCGCUUCAGGGUCCGUGUGGUGGGGCGACCUGAACCCCAGUGCCAGUGGUUCAAGAACGGAGUCCAGCUGGAGAAGACGGACCGCGUGAGUUGGUUCUGGCCUGAGGACCAUGUGUGCGAGCUGGUCAUCAAAGACGUGAGAGCAGAAGACUCAGCAUCAGUCAUGGUGAAGGCCGUCAGUAAAGCUGGGGAGACCUCCGGCCACGCCUUCCUGCUGGUGCAAGCCAAACAGGUGAUCUCAUUCACGCAGCAGCUGGUGGAUGUGAACUCCAGAGAGAAGGACACUAUGGCCACAUUUGAGUGUGAGACCAACGAGCCGUUUGUGAAGGUGAAGUGGCUGAAGAACCAGGAGCAGGUCUUCUCUGGAGACAAGUACCGUAUGCACUCGGACCGAAAAGUCCACUUCCUGUCUGUCCUGACCAUCGGCAUGAAGGAUGAGGACGACUACUCCUGUGUCCUGAUGGAGGACGACUCCGUGAGGACCACCGCCAAGCUUUUCGUCGAAGGAGAGCCGCUGCAGAUGCUGAAGCGCCUGGAGGGCACAGAGGUCCCUGAGAACUACAGCGCAGAGUUUGAGUGUGUGAUUUCUCGAGAGGACGCAGACGGGGCCUGGUUCUUCGGAGAAAAACCUCUGAGUCCCAGCUCCAAGUACGUGAUCAUGUCCAGGAGAGGGCGCCACUCACUCUCUGUCAAAGACGUCAAGAAGGAAGACCAGGGGAAGUACACCUUUAAAGUGGGAGAGUUCACCACCAGCGCCUCCCUCAAGAUGAAACUGCGUCCUGUGACCCUCAUGUCCCCCGUCUCGGACGUCACCGUGUGCGAGGGCGACAUUGCGCAGAUGGAAGUUCGGUUUUCACAGGAGAACGUGGAGGGGGUGUGGCUAAAGAACGGAGAGCCAAUCACAGCGUCCGGCCGCGUCCACAUGGUCAUCGACAAAACGGUUCACAAACUGCUGAUCGAGGACACGACCAAGAGCGACCAGGCUACCUACGCUUUCAACGUCCCAUCACACGACAUCACCAGCAAGGCCAAGCUCAGCGUGCAGACUAUCGGCAUGCUGAUCCCACUGAAGGACUUGUCGGUCGUGGAGGGAACCAAAUGUGUCCUGGAGGCAAAGAUCUCGGCUCAGGACGUCAGCUCGGUCAAAUGGUUCCACAAUGAGGUCCAGAUCUCAGGCUCCGACCGAAUCCAGACCGUGGCCAAAGGAGCCAAACAGAGACUGGUCCUAAACCGGACCUUCGAGUCCGACCAGGGCAAGUACAGGCUGGUCGUAGGCCGGGCUGAGUGCUCCUGCAGCCUCAGCGUACAACCGGUCCAGAUCAUGUCCCCCAUGAAGAACAAGGAGUGCUCUGAGUCGGAGAACGUGUGUUUCGAGGUGGAAGUGUCUCACGCCGGGAUUGACGCCUACUGGACGUUUAAGGGAACUGCGCUCAAAGCCGGCCCCAAAUACAAGAUGGAGUCCAAGAAGAAAGUCCACUGUCUGACCGUCCUCAACGCCAUGAAGGACGAGGAGGGACAGUACAGCUUCUCAGCAGGCGAGAAGAGCUGCUCGGCUAUGCUAACGGUUUCAGGUGGUGCUAUAAAGAAGCCUCUGAGGGACCUGGUGGUGGCGGACUCCCAGACCUCGGUGCUGGAGUGUGAGGUGGCGAACCCCGCGUCCGAGGGCCAGUGGUUCAAAGACGGUCAACCAGUCGACUUCAGCGACAACGUCCAGAGUCAAACAAAAGGAGCUGUCCGCAAACUCAUCAUCUCCAUCACCAAGGCAACCGACAUCGGAGAGUACUGCUACCAGGUCGCCACGUCCAAGACCGCGGCCACGCUGCGAGUGGAAGCGGUGAAGGUGAAGAAGACUCUCAGGAACCUGAGCGUGGUUCAGACCCAGGACGCAGUCUUCAGUUUGGAGCUGACUCACGAAGACGUCAGAGGAGCUCAAUGGAUCAAGAAUGGCGUGGAGCUCACCCCCGGCGACAAGUACCAUCUCAGCAUCGAGGGAGCCGUCCACACCCUCACCAUCCGCAACUGCACCACCCAGGACGAGUCCGUGUACUCCUUCAAACUGGGAAAGUUGUCUGCCAACGCCCGCCUCAACGUGGAGACCAUCCGCAUCCUGAAGAAGCCCAAAGACGUGACCUCCCUGCUGGGGGGGACUGCGGUCUUCGAGCUGGGGCUGUCUGAGGACGACAUCCCGGUGAAAUGGCUGUUCAACAAAACAGAGAUCAAGUCCAGCGAGUCGUUCAGGAUCAUGACCGACAAGAAGACCCACAAGCUGACCGUGCAGGACGUGGACACGAGCAAAGAGGGGGAGUACACCGCUGUGGCCGGGCAUCUGCAGGCGAGCGCCAGGCUGACCGUGGAGUCCCUGCGGGUCACUCGUCCUCCCAAGUCGGUGCAGGUCUUUGAGACCCAGUCUGCGGUCCUGGAGGUGGAGGUCUCCCAUCUGAACGUGGCCUCGGUCUGGAAGAGGAACGGGUCGGAGCUGGAGAUCAGUGAGAAGUUCCGGAUCAGCUCCAGCGGGAAAACCCACAGCCUGAGGAUCAUGAACGCCGUCCGAGCCGACCAGGGAGAGUACAGCUUUGUGUGCGGAGGAGGCAGUGUCAGCGCCACGGUGUCUGUGCAAGCCGUGGAGGUCACCCAGCCCCUCAGCGACAUACACGCUCAGGCCAAAGACAGCGUGACGAUGGAGGUGGCGGUGAACGUGGAGAACGUGGCGUACUCGUGGCUGAAGAACGGCGUGGAGAUCCGCUCCACGGACCGCUGCCAGGUCCGCUGCAAACAGCUCCUGCACACCCUCAGCAUCCGCAACGUGCACUUUGGAGACAACGCCGAGUACACCUUCUGUGCCGGGUCAGCCAGGAGCAGCGCCAAGCUCCACGUGGAGGCUCGUGUGGUGGAGUUCACGAAACCGCUGAAGGAUUUGAAAAUCACAGAAAAGAAACGAGCAACAUUCGAGUGUGAAGUCAACGAACCAAACAUUCAGGUCAUGUGGAUGAAGGACGGACAGGAGCUGGAGGUGUCCGACAGGUAUAAGAUGAGCUCAGACCGCCUGGUGCACCGUCUGGUCGUGCCCUCGGUCAGACUCUCAGACUCUGGAGAAUACACUGCAGUCGCUGGAGCCAGUCUGAGUAAAGCUCAGCUGAACGUGGAAGGACGGGACGUGAAGAUCUCUGAGCCCCGGAGCAGUGAAGUGACGGUGGUGGAGAAGCAGAGGGCGACCUUUGAACUGGAGGUGUCUGAGGACGAGGUGGAAGGUCGCUGGGCGAGGAACGGCGUCCUGAUCAACUUUGCGACAGAAGAACGUUUCAGUUACGUCACCAUCCGCAGACUGCACCGCCUGACCAUCAGCGAGACGUACCGCAGCGACGCCGGAGUCUACACCUUCUACGCCGGACGCAACAGCCGCGAGCUGCAGCUGCAAGUCAGGCUGCCUGAGCCUCCUCAGAUCCUGCGUCACAUGACCCCUCUGGACGUCACGGUGGGGAAGCCGAUCCGCUUCUCGGUGCAGGUGUCUGGUCUGCCGCCGCCGCAGGUCGCAUGGUUCAGAGAAGGAUGUUCUUUGGAAGUUUCCAACAAAGUCAAGUUCAUGCACGACGCAGACGAACACACUCUGCUGCUGCUGGACGUGACCCCGGAAGACAGCGGCAUCUACAGCGCAGAGGCCACAAACGAGUCCGGAGAGGUCUCUAGCACCGCCAUGCUGAACGUGACAGUACCGAUCCAGGCCGAGGUGUCCCGUGUGUCUCCUCCUUCUCUCCUGGUUCCUCUCAGAGACGUCCUGGUGGCAGAAGGAAGAACUGCAAACUUCCAGUGCGCCGCGUUUGGAGACGACCUCUCUGUCUCCUGGUUCCUGGAUGCCCGGGAGCUGCAGGAGACCUCAGAUGUCCACAUGUCUCGCUCUGGAGAGACGUUCUACCUGAGUUUGUCCAAAGUGAAGCUGGAGCACGAGGGCGAGUUCUCCUGCGUGAUCUCCAACCCUGCUGGGGUCGUGACCUCCGCCGCCACGCUCAACAUCGAUGUCCCUCGUGUCUCGUCUGGGAUUCAGUCUGGAUCUUUUGACUUGUCCCAGACUCAGAGCUGUGGUUCCCUCUCUGUGGAGCGCUCUGAGCAGACUCACUCCUCCUCUGUGACGUCUGCAGCCUCUGAGAGCAAAGUCCAGCAAACCAGGGACUUUCAAAGCUUUAUCCAAGGAACCAGGGACCUGCCGAGCACAGUCCCUCAGGGCUUCCCCCAGGUGUCCAUAGACUUCCAGAGCUCUUAUGAAGUCACUCAGAGCUGCAGUUCCUUCUCUGUGGAACGCACUGAGCAGACGUCUGAAGCCUCUCACCAGACUAGUAUCUUUCAAAGCUCUUUCCGUGAAGCCACGGACCUCCAGAGCUCCUCCACAGACCUCCAGAGCUCCUCCACAGACCUCCAGAGCUCCUCCACAGACCUCCAGAGCUCCUCCACAGACCUCCAGAGCUCUUCCACAGACCUCCAGAGCUCCUCCACAGACCUCCAGAGCUUCUCCACAGACCUCCAGAGCUCCUCCACAAACCUCCAGAGCUCGUCCCGUGAGUCCUUCUCUUCAGGACUGGUCGUGUCUUCCAGCGAUGCUCCUCAGCUGGUCCAGGAGCUCCAGGAUGUGUGUGUGAGCGAGGGAGACGAGGCCCGGUUCCUCUGCUCGUUCCUGGGCGUGGACUCUUUCCACUGGGACCAUAACGGAGUGGACGUGGCCUCAGAUGGCGAUCGGGUCCACAGCUUCAGGACAGGUCCCAGUCUGGGUCUGGUCAUCGUCACAGUGAGGCGUGAGGACCAGGGCGAGUACCGGGUCACAGCAGCCAACGCCAACGGCAGCAGCUCCGCCUCAGCAAGACUCACACUGCAAGUUUCCAUCAGUCCCCAUCAGUCCCAUCAGAACUUUGUCCAGACAAAACUGUUACCAUCCUUCACUGUCUGCCCCCUAGUGUCUGAACUGUGUCACUGUCUGAGCUCCCCACUAUCUGCUCUGGUGGUAGCUUUUGAAACCCCCAUUUCUGCAGACUCAGUCCCCCAAAGUCUCCCUGCCUCAGCCAGUGCUCAGCGGGGACCUCCCCCAGAGCCCAAACCCGAGCCGGAGCCCGAGUCCAAGCUGCUCUGGAACCUUGAGCCGGUCUGGAGCCUGGAGCAGGGCCUGAGCUCCUGUCUCUUCUUCCCCGGCCUGGAGGAUGACCUGUGGGCAGACCUGUGGGCAGGCCCGGUGAUGCCCGUGCCCUCAGAGCUGCUGAGGCACAAAGGCUUCUCGAAACGAACCGCAGUAAUGCUCUGGCUCCACAACCAGCUCAACAGAGAGCACAUGCUCAGUGUGACCAAAGCCCAGAGCUCGGGGCCCCAAGUGAUCUCCGACAGGCCAGACCCUCGGCCCAAACCCAAGCGCCUCAGCUCUACAUUAGACCGAAAGCGUGAGAAGCCGAGUUUCCUCUCCGCAUUGUCGCGCCGUGUCUCCGCGCUCGCUGGUGAAACUGUCACCUUUACGGUGCGCGCCUCAGGUUUCCCCAAACCCACUGCGCAGUGGUGCCACGACCACAGCAGCAUCAGCGCGUCCUCAGUGUUCGAUCUGAUCCACGACAAAGAGGAGUUCAGUCUGGUGAUCCGCCACAGCCGCCCUGAGCACAGCGGCCAGUACUCCUGUACGCUCAGCAACCGCUUCGGUCAGGCGUCCUGCACUGCACACUUAGACAUACAGGGGGCAGCGCCCGCCUUCCUUAGCACGCCUCAGAACACACAGGUGUCUGAAGGCGCCGAGGUCGUGUUCGCCUUUGUGGUGUCAGGAAACCCCCUCCCAGACGUCAGCUGGUUCAGGGGGAACGUGCUGCUGCAGCCGAGCGCGCUGCGUCUGAGCGUCACCAAAGCAGACGGCAGCGGCUUCCUGCGGCUGCAGUGUGUGGCGGCGGAGGACAGCGGUGCGUACGUGUGCAGAGCCGCUAACGCGUACGGCGAGGCGUCCUGCUGUGCAGAGCUGCUGGUGCUGCUGAAGAGAAGCUCCGGUCUGAAGAUCUCGCUCUCGAGUCAAACACGAUCCAACGAACGCUCCGACCACAUGAUCUACACCAUCAGCACAGAGGAGCGGCAGGUGGUGCAGAGCGAGGAGGUGCAGACGCUGGGCGCUCUGGACUUGUUAGCCGCGACGCUACACAAAGAAACACUACCGCAACACGCCGCAGUCCUGCAGUGUCUGUGCGUGCAAGAGCGAGUUUCUACUAGCGCGCCCAGACUACACACAUUCACCGCGGCGCCGGGGACACAGCUGCGCACAAGUGCCUCUGUCUGCUCCGUCCAGGAGCAGCAGCAGAUCACAGAGCAGCACUCGGAGCGUAUCCUGAGCCCAGAGAUAACAGAGGGGAGCGUCAUAAAGGAGGAGAAGACCAGCCUUCAGUCGGCCCUUUCUGAAGACCUGGUGCAGCUGGCACAGCCACAGCCAAUUAGAGAAGAGCUCCAGCAGAACACCGCAAUGACCACAGAGCGGCGUCACACGGUGAGCGGGACACUGGUGCAGACCGCAUUACUGAUCCCAGACCAGAGUGUGGAGACUCUACAGCGCCCCCAGGAGGAGACCAGCUUCACUGUCACAGAGGGAGUGAAGCUCUUGUACUCGGCUCAGUCCUCAGAGCAGAUGCAGCUGUCGCACAGUCACACGGCGCCGAUGGACGACGCACAGACGCCUCUGACGCCGCAAAUCCAGACGGAGAAGACGAAAGCUGUGCUUGCACCACUGAGCCACACUCACACCGCACUCUUCAAAGAGGAACCAUUCACAAUAUUCAAACCACAUCAAGAGAAAGCAGCUCUUGCCUCAGAUCUACACUUGAAAUCUGCUGCUAACAUAGAAGAGAGGUGUGACCUCCAGGCGGAGCAGCAGGGAGCGCUGCAGAGCCUGCAGACAGCAGUGAGGCUGGAGGUUCAGCGCGAGGAGGAGCAGCUGCUGAAGCUACAGGUAAGUGCAGAACGACACAUGUAUGAAGCCGAAGGCAGAUUCAGCGCAAAGACACCGCAGCAGCAGCAGGCGCGCACCAGGAGCAGCCCUGUGCUCUUACACACAGUCACACACGACGAGCAGAGCACUCUCCAGUGCGACACGUCACAGGAAGUCACAGAGAAGGCCGACACAGAGGCGCUGCAGGUGCAGAAGGAGGAGCGGCCGCAGCAGUACGUGCAGUGUGUGAGCUCUGCCGCCGUCUUCCCCAAAGAAGGCCUCUUACAGGAGCCCACAGCCCAGGGGGAGACGGCUGCACACAGACUGGAGCGUGCUCGGAAGAACGCAGCGGUUUCUGAAGAACGACUCAUGUUAACGGCGGAGCGCGAGGGUGAGCUGACGGCCGCGGCCUCACAAGUCUCAGCUGCAGCUCACAUAGAAGCCCGAGCGCUAGCUGUGCUCCCUGUGUGCUCCAGCGCCAAGCCGCUGUCCAAAGAAACACCUUUCAGGGGCAUUACCAAACCACAGCGUGCGCUGGUGCAGAAGGAGGAGCUCUGGAACGUCCUGCAGCCGCUGAGCGUGACAGAGACGCAGGCUUUAGAGGAAGGCCACACAGAGCGCAUCAGCACAGACGCAGAGGUGAAGCCAGUCCUCAGAACAGAGCCGAACAUCCACAAACACAUGGUCUUUGUGGAAGAGAAAGCUGUGGCCACAGAGAGCUGCGCAGCAUUAGAAGCAGCGGAGCAGGAUUGUGCCUUUAGAAUCCAGGAGGGACAAGAGCUGAGGCGCUCUGUGGUGUCAGAGCAGCGACAGGUCCUUGUCGGAGAGACGUCAGAGGAGAUCCGCGUGUCUGUGGCUCAAACCGUGAGCGCACUGCAGCAGAAGAGAGAGCUCCUUUUUGUGCCCGAGACUCGAGACUCGCCAGCGCUGCCCAAAGAGCUGCAUUUCCAUGUGCAGGUGCCCCAAGCGAGCAGCGGGAACCUGAAGCGACAGGUCAGGGACGCGCUGCGCUCUGCUGUGGCGCAGGAGCAGCGCGUCCUGUUUGCAGACGUCCUAAACCAGAUCAAACCCACCGCGAUACAGGAAGUGCGCAUUACCAAGCAGCCCAAGCACGCGGCGCUGUCAUACCUCAUCACCACUCCAGGAAACCCCAUCGAGAUCAUGCUCACUCUAGACGGUCAUUACCCACAACAGGCCGAGCUGAAGGCCGAACUGCAGGUGGCACUGCACGCUCUCCUGUGCCGCGAUCAGCAAAGUUUAACCGCAGAAGAACCGUGUCCAGCUGCCGCUGAGAACAAACCACAAACAGCCAACGUCAGCGCGCAGACGAGUCCCACACAGGUGCAGUCGACUGUAGUGAGCGAGCUGACGGUCGGGGAGAGUGCAGUGACGUUAGCGCGCACACAUGUGGCUAAAGCAGGGCUCAGAACAGAGACAGAGGUGAUGUUUCAAACCGCAAAGGAAGCAGAAAGACCGAUGCAGGCGUUAGAGCCGCGUGACAGUGAGGCGUUCCUCUCUCAGGCCGUGAUGAUCGGUGAAACGCUCGAGCCACAGACAGACUCCCCGGUGAUCGUAGAGUCACAGACAGACUCCCCGGUGAUCGUAGAGUCACAGACAGACUCCCCGGUGAUCGUAGAGUCACAGACAGACUCCCCGGUGAUCGUAGAGUCACAGACAGACUCCCUGGUGAUCGUAGAGUCACAGACAGACUCCCCGGUGAUCGUAGAGUCACAGACAGACUCCCCGGUGAUCGUAGAGUCACAGACAGACUCCCCGGUGAUCGUAGAGUCACAGACAGACUCCCCGGUGAUCGUAGAGUCACAGACAGACUCCCCGGUGAUCGUAGAGUCACAGACAGACUCCCCGGUGAUCGUAGAGUCACAGACAGACUCCUCGGUGAUCGUAGAGUCACAGACAGACUCCCCGGUGAUCGUAGAGUCACAGACAGACUCCCCGGUGAUCGUAGAGUCACAGACAGACUCCCCGGUGAUCGUAGAGUCACAGACAGACUCCCCGGUGAUCGUAGAGUCACAGACAGACUCCCGACAGGACUCCUCGGUGAUCGUAGAGUCACAGACAGACUCCUCGGUGAUCGUAGAGUCACAGACAGACUCCCUGCUGAUCGUAGAGUCACAGACAGACUCCUCGGUGAUUGUAGAGUCACAGACAGACUCCCCAGUGGUGGUAGAGCCGCUGCGUGACGUGUGCGCAGAGGAACACGGCGCCGCGGUGUUCCAGUGCACGGUCAGGAAUGUAACUGAGGCCGUGUGGUUUGUGGACGGGCCUGUGGUGACGCCGGGCCGAGGGCUGCGCAGCGACAGAGACAAAGACACGUUCAGGUUGGAGAUCCUGAACGUGAACAAACGCAGCAGAGACGUGAUGAUGGAGGCGCGUAGCCGCAGCGGCGCCGUGCAGAUGCGGGCGCGGCUCAGCGUGACGUCGACAGUGGAAAUAAACCUGGGGAACUCUGCCAAGUUUGAGUGUGAGACAGAGGCCGCCCCCAAUGUAAACUUCCGCUGGUUCAAAGGCGGGAAGCAGCUGAAGGAGAGCGAGCGUCUGCGCAUUCUCAGCCGUGUCACCUCCUCCUCCCUGGAGGUGCUCUGUGCCGCCAAAGAGGACGCCGGCGAGUACACCUGCAAGGCGUCCAAUCAGCACGGAGCUGAUGAGUGCGCCGCAGAGCUGAGUAUCACAGAGGAGAGUGCCCCCUAUGGGACUAAACCACACAGUUCCCAAGUGGAGCAGACUGUGGUGGAGGUGCCCAGGUUUCUACAGCCUCUUGGGGGCACUGUAUUGGCAGCGGUGGGGUCUCCGCUCUCCCUGCAGUGUGUGGUGAAUGAGGACAGAGGCCUCAGUGUGGUCUGGACCAGAGACUCACGUAGAGUGCACCAGUCUCCGGACUGUAAACUGUCCUUUGAGAGGAAGACGGUCUCCCUGACCGUCCUAAAAAGCUCCAUGAAGGACUGUGGAGAAUACACAUGUACAGUGAGCAACGAGGCGGGCAGCGCCUUGUGCUGCUGCCAGGUCAAAGUGCAAGAGCCCCCAGUGUUCGUCAAACGCUUGGAGAGCGCCACCUUGUGGAAGCAGGGUGCCACUGCUCGGCUGCAGUGCUGUGUCAGCGGCUCCCCCGAACUGAGAGUUCUGUGGUUCUGUAACGACACAGAGAUCAAAGCUGACCACAGAACCUCCAUGAGCUUUAAAGACGGUGUAGGCUCUCUGCAGCUGCAGCAGGUGGCGCUGUCUGACAGUGGAACAUACAGCUGCGAAGUGCAGAACGACAGCGGCUCCGAGCUGUGCAGCACCAGGGUCUCCGUCAAAGAGCCCCCAGCCUUCCUGGCCCCUCCGCAGCCUGUGGAUGCGGUCCGUGGUGCUGUGGCCCGGUUGGACUGCUCCCUCUCUGGGUCUCCUCCCUUUGACGUGUCCUGGAGGAAGGACAAGAAACGGCUGGUGUCAGAUCAGAAGGUCCACAUCGUGAGUGUGGGCGCUCACUCGUCUCUGGAGAUCCGCAGCUUCGAGAGCGCGGACUCCGGAGACUACGAGUGUGUGGUGACCAACGAGGUGGGCUCCGUGUCCGGCUCGGCCAGUGUGCGCCAGAAAGAAGCCCCUAUGUUCUCUAAGCGCCUGGAGAGUGUUACCGUGGUGAUGGGGGAGGCGGCUAAGCUUCAGGCUGUGGUCAAAGGCACCGCCCCCUUCACGGUUCAAUGGCUGAAAGACUCGGAGCUGCUGCGCGACGACGACCCGGACGUGACCAUGAGCUUCAACAACAAUACAGCCUCCAUUUUGUUUUCCCGCACCGAGCUGAAGCACGCCGGCAAAUACAGCUGCGUGGUGCAGAACGAGGCGGGUCAGGCCAAGGGCGAGGCACAGCUGACCGUGCAAGAGCCGGCUCGUGUGCUGGACAAAGCCGCGUCCAUCAGUGUAACCGCGGGCGACACGUGCACGCUGCAGUGCACGGUGAGCGGCAGCCCCGAGCUCCACACACAGUGGUUUAAAGACGAGAAAGAGCUGCAACAGAGCCGUAAAUAUAAGCCCAGUGUCCGCGGACAAAUGGCUCUGCUCAAAGUCCUGUCCACAGAGACUGCCGACUCUGGAGAGUACCGGCUGGAGGUCUGGAACCAGGUCGGGAAGGACCAGAGCAGCUGCAGCCUGUCUGUCAGCGACCGUGCAGUACCUCCCUCUUUCACGAAGCCACUGCAGCGCGUGGCUGCGCCUGUAGGUGGCGCUGCGGUGAUGGAGUGCCGUGUGGCUGGGUCUCAGCCGCUGACUGUCACAUGGCUCAGAGACGGAGCUGAGGUCACGACACAUGACCGCGUCUGUGUGGAGUUCAGUGAUAACACCGCCUCACUCACCAUCAAAGGGUUAAACAUGACAGACGCUGGAGAGGUCGUCUGUAAGGUCACCAACCAGGCAGGAACCGAGGAGAGCCGGGGCCAGCUCUGCGUCACAGAGCCUCCCGUGUUCUCGCUGACCCCUCCUCCUCAGCUCAGCCCGAGGCCAGGCUCAGAUGUGGUCUUGAGGGCAGAGUUCUGUGGCUCCUGCCCCCUGGUUGUCAAGUGGUUCAGGGAGCAGAGAGAGGUUUUCUCUGGGCCCAAAGCCCUGAUCAAAAGAGACCAGUCCUGGUCCAGUUUAGAGCUUCACAACGUGAGGCCCGCGGACACUGCCUCUUACACCUGUCAGGUGUCCAACGAGGGCGGCAAGAGCCUGUGCAGCUGUGCCCUCAGCGUGCAAGAAUGCCCUCGCUUUUCUCUCAAACUGGACCCAGAGCGCUUGGUCCAGGCCGGUACUGGCCUCACUCUGUCCUGUAAAAUCCAGGGCUCUGUUUCUACAAUAACCUGGUUCAAGGAUGGGUCAGAGUUAGUCCCGGAUCAAAACCGGACUACGAGCUUCGAUGGGACUUUGGCAUCUCUGACCGUAGAGUGCUGUGAGGAGGGAGACUCUGGGCUUUAUGAGUGUGAAGCCAACAAUGAGAGUGGAGCGGACCGCAGCAGCUGCAACCUGUGUGUGCAAGCGCCCCCUGUCUUCACCCACCCCUUCAGUCCGGUCGAGGCCUCCUCUGGGUCUGUGCUGGACCUUGAGGCUCGGGUCUCGGGCACUGAACCUUUUGAACUGAGUUUCUUUGUGAAUGAGAAGCUGCAGCGCGCAGACAAACGCCGCACACUCACAGUGCGCGAUGGCACAGUGCGUCUGCGCGUCUGCGACUGCACUUGCACAGACAGUGGUGCAUACCGAGUGCAGCUGACCAAUCAGGUCGGAGAGGCCAGCUGUGAGAGUCAUGUGACCAUCUCAGACCCCCCAGUCUUCGAGGAUUACCCCCAGGAUGUGAGCUCUGCAUUGGGCUCGGACCUUAGCCUCAGGGUCUCGGUCUCUGGGUCUUUGCCGCUGUCCUUCAUUUGGACCAAAGAUGGCGCUGAGCUCACGGACAGCGGCCAUUUUAAGAGCAGUGUGGACAGCAGGUGUGCGGUGCUGAGUGUGCGGGACGCGCAGGUCGCACACACGGGAACAUACGUGUGCGAGGCGCGGAACCGCAGCGGCGUGAGCAGAGCCGAGAUGCAGCUCCACGUGACAGCGCCCCCUGUCUUCAGGCAGAAGAUGGCGGCCUGUAUGUAUGUGAAACAGCGUGAGGGGGUCAGGUUUGAGUGCGCGCUGCGGUGUGGGCGCGGUGUGUCCGUACGCUGGUUUAAAGACGCUGCGCCGGUGUCAGACGGAGGGAACUGCCGUGUGGCGCUGCUGGACGCCACGGCAUUUCUGCAACUGAAGACCACGACCCUCCAGGACGCCGGGGUCUACACCUGCGAGGUCACCAACCGAGCGGGCCUGACCAAGUGCAGCUGCACACUCUAUGUGCAAGGUCAGGGCCAGUCUGGGGGGGCGAUUGAGGGGGAGCCUGUAGAGUCAGCUCUAAUCCUCACAGAGCCUGUAGAGUCAGCUCUAAUCCUCACAGAGCCUGUAGAGUCAGCUCUAAGCCUCACAGAGCCUGUAGAGUCAGCUCUAAGCCUCACAGAGCCUGUAGAGUCAGCUCUAAUCCUCACAGAGCCUGUAGAGUCAGCUCUAAUCCUCACAGAGCCUGUAGAGUCAGCUCUAAUCCUCACAGAGCCUGUAGAUCUCCACGGGGUCAGUCCACUCUACAGUCUGUGGUGCAGUUGA